AUGGGACGUGGUCGACCGAGAAAAGAAACACCGGCCGAUGGCGAAGGUCCGGCAUCCAAAAUCCAACGCACAAGAAAGCUCGAGAUCCCAUUAGCAACGCUACCGAAGCUAUCGGGCAAUGUGCUAGCCUGCGGCCAGGGAGAGAUGGGUCAGCUGGGCAUGGGCGAAGACGUCAUGGAGAAGACACGGCCCGCCAUCGUUGAGGGCCUUUCGGAUGUGGUACAAAUAUCGGCGGGCGGUAUGCAUAAUCUGUGCCUCACGCGGCACGGCACGGUGUAUUCGUUCGGUUGCAAUGACGAAGGUGCACUCGGCCGGGACACAUCCGAGGAGGGCUCGGAGUUUGAACCCAAGCUGAUCGAUCUUCCUGGACUGUGCGUGAAAAUUUCUGCCGGCGAUUCACAUUCCGCCUGUCUGCUAAACGAUGGUCGCGCAUAUGCCUGGGGUUCAUUCCGGGAUUCGCACGGAAACAUGGGACUUACGCUCGAAGGCAAUAAACGGUUACCGAUCGAAGUGUUACCGGGUAACCGGUGGGUCGAUAUUGCAUCCGGCUGUGACCAUCUGGUGCUGCUGUCCGAUCUGGGCCACAUCUACACGGUGGGCUGUGCGGAGCAGGGUCAGCUCGGUCGCGUUUCAAUCCGCGCGGCAUCCGGUGAAUCUCGCCGCGGAAAAACACAGCUUUUGCAGCCGGGUAUAGUGACACGGCGCGGCAAAAUGAUCGUGGCCGAUGCUAUCUGGGCGACGACGUACUGCACCUUCUACAAAGACUACCAAACCGGUCGGAUAUUCGCUUUCGGAUUGAACAACUACUGUCAGCUCGGUAUACCGAACCCAAGCGAGCACGUCGUCAAACCGGUAUUCGUACCGGAACCGACGAGUUUCAGCGAAGUUUUACAGAUUGCCGGCGGACAACAUCACACAUUGGUAUUAAAAACGGACCACAAAGUGUACGCGAUCGGGCGGAAGGAGUACGGACGGCUAGGGCUAGGAGAUAACGUUGCAGAGGAUGCGAAAACGCUACACCCCGUAGAAGUUCUCGGCGACAAGAAGGUGGUCAGUGUGUGCUGCGGAGAAAGCACAUCUUUCGCCGUCACAGACAAGGGCGAACUGUAUGCGUGGGGUAUGGGUUCCAGCUUGCAGCUCGGCACGGGAUUGGAAACGGAUGAGUCCAAACCGGUGCGUAUCGUGAGCAAGCAGGUGGCGGCGGGUAAAGUGAUCCUGAAGGCGUCCAGCGGUGGACAACACAGUUUAUUCCUUGUCCAGGAACCACCGACCGUAACGGAGAAGGCGUCCCCGAAGGUUGCUGCCGCUAGCAAGAAGACAAAACCGGAUCCUUCGAGUACGACGGAGUCGGCAGCAAAUGGUGUAGCGAAACAUUCCGCAACGAGUAAUGGUGAUGAACCGGCAGCGAUGGCGGGUACGGUACCCGAAGGUGACGAACAAACGACGGUGACGAAUGGUGUAGACACGGAUGUUCCGGGUGAUGCAAGCACUGGCAAGGAAAAAGCCACAGCUCCAGCGAAAACAACGGCAAGCAGUAGCAGCAGUGGAGGUCGAAAGCGGAAAAUUCAAUGA